AUGGAGUUGGGGUGGCACUGGGAUGGCACUGGAACGGCACUGGAACGGCACUGGAACGGCACUGGAACGUUUGAUCAAGCAACAGCCUUUGGAAAGACUGCUCGAAGAUGCGGUGCUAAGAAGUCUCGAGAGAAGGAUGCAGGGGAUGCGGAGGAUUUUAACAGCGCUGGACAUGCGGAAAAUAUUGAGGAUACCACGCGCAUCCUGGAUUCCGAGGACACUCAGGGCAACAAAAAGGCCUAG